AGACUUGCGACUUGGGCCGUUAUCCUUACGCUUCUGUUCCGCUGUCCUUCCACGCUGGAGGAGUGCAACGAAGAUUCUCCUUACAUCUGCAAGCCAUAUUUCCAAGCCAAAGAGGCCAUCGUCCCGUAUACGCUGCCCUGCUACGAGCAAUACCUUGAGCCAUACGUGGACUUUGCGAGACCUUACUACAACUCCGUCGAUUCUCACAUCCUGGCGCCGGUGCGCGUUUAUGCCGUCCAAUAUGGUGCGCCAUGGGUUGAAAAAGGCCAGGAGCAAGUUUGGGCUCAAUGGGAGAAGCACGGUCGGCCUCAGGUAGAGCAGCUCCGCGCUCUGUCCCAGCAGCAGUACGAGGAGUCCAUUGCUCCGCACCUGGGGCGCGCAGGCGAAGUCCUCGGACCCUACUACGAAGUCGGACGCGAUAAUUCUCUCCAAGUGUACCACGAAUAUGUGCUACCGACAUACGAGCUUCUGCAACCCUAUGCCCAGCAAGGCUACAGUGCUGCUUCCAGCUUCGCCACGGAGACGGCGCUGCCCGCUGCUCACUGGACUUGGGCGAGGACGAAUGCCUUUCUUAACAAGGCAGUGUGGCCUCAGGUCCGAAUGGUUUAUGUCGAGAACGUGGAGCCUCAGCUUGUUCGCAUUGGCGAGCGCUUAGAACGAUACAAGAACCGGGCCAGGACCAAGGUGCUUCCCGAAGUAAACUCGUCUACGACAACUACCGAGCCUCCGCGAUCUUCUUUCAGUAAACCGGCUCCCCAAGCGACACAAUCGCAGAGCACAACGGCCUCCGAACGUGCCACGUUUAGCUCAACCUCCAGCGCCGAGGAGCAGCAGUCGACGGAGUCAACCUACUGGAUGCCCGUUCAGCCCCCUCCCCCUGGAGAAAACGAAUCCGAGACAAGGAGAAAGGCCCGUGAGAUGGUGACGGAAGACCUUGAGCUGUGGCAGAGUAAAUUCGCUACCCAAGCUGACGAGGGCGCUGUCGAUAUGGAAGACCGCAUCGACGAGCUUGCGAACCGUAUGAUUGCCCAAGUGAUUCCCUCUAGUGGGAAGCCACUUGUUGAGCAGCUCCAAACCACAGUGGAUUCGGAGACUGAUGGACUGAAAGCAAAGAUUUCCAGCAUUGUCGCGGAGAGUGCAGGUGGAUCGCUGGAAGACGCUGAAGAGCGAAUCAUUGGCGCCAUCAGAGCUGCCGGCAUCGCUAUCAAGCAGGCCGCUACAGAGAUCAGGACGUGGCGAGAAGAAUACGAUGUUGAUCUGCAAGCCAGAGUCCUUAGAGCCGCUGAUGUCCAUUUCCAGAUCCUUGACGAGACUAGAAAUCUUGCACUGCAGCAACUUGGCAUGAAGUGGGCUUGGACCGAUGGAGUUAGCUACAAGGACUGGGCAAAGUAUCACGAGCUAAAGCAGGUGCUCGCAGAUUGGACUGAAGAUCUGAAACAACUCAUCAUCACCCACCCUACCCUGCUCGACGCACAGGAUGCUGCUGCAUUUGUCGAAGAGGAUGGAAUGACCAUUGCCUCUGCGGCUGCCAAAGAGCUGGCUCGCCUCAAGCGAGUGGCUCAGUGGAAGCUUAUCGCAAAUGAUGCUACAGACAAUUUUGAUUCAGAGGCAAUGGAACAAGCUGCUGAGGCAGCACAGAACCCUCCAGUAGCUGAAGAGUCAGAAGAGUCUGAGAAGCAGGAAGAAGGAGAUGUCGAUGCUGCCGCUGAGGAAGCCGCUGAUGGCAAUUCUUCGUUGCCGGUAUUUGACACCGUCCAGGAUGUCGUGGAUACCAUCCAGAAAAAAGUAACCGGGGAGGUCACUGAGGAGACCACUGAGGAGACGACACCUUUGGAGUCCGAACCCGCCGUCAGCAGUGCUUCUUUGGAUGAGCAUUCAUCUGUAGAUUCGAGCGAAGCUUCCGGUGCUACUGAGGAAGCGACCUCGGAUAUCUUUGAACAUGUUGCGGAGCCCACUGACAUCCCCACUGAAGACCAGGAGCCGCUUACCAACCAGACUGAGGAACUCCCACAACUUGUUACUGAAAAUGAAGAAUCGAGCCCAAUUGUUCUGGAGGACCCUCGUUCGACACCCAACGAUGAUGAGGCUGACACUGAACCUGUCGCCGAGCCUGCUGCCGAAACUACUACCGACGAGGUGCUGGAAACCGAGCCUGAAAUCCUGGAAGAGGACGAAAUUUUAUGGCCACACGAACAAGCAUCCCUGGUUGAUGACACCGCUUCCGUAAAGGCGACAUUCUUCGGCGCGGCCGCUCAGGUAGUUUCCGGACGACGACAACCCAUUUUGGACGAGGACGAUGAAACUGAUGAUGACGAUUUCCUAUCUAGCGCGACUAAAGCCGCUGAGGCAGCCUAUUCCAACGCAGUCUCUUUAGCAUCUGGCCAGUAUUCGAGUGCGGUAUCAAUCAUUUCCGCGCAAAUCCAUGGCACGCCAACUCCAGCCGUUCAAAACCAGCUUCUUUCCUCGGUUUCCGGUGCCUAUGAUCAAGCAAUCGCCGCGGCUAGUUCCAGGCUGCAAGAGGUGGUUGAUGCUGCGUCUGCCGGAGUCUAUGGCACGCCAACGACCGCCCAGGCUGCCCCAACGUUGGUAGACUGGAGCAAAGUAGAGGCGAUUGCUGCGGAACGCCUGAAUGAGGGGAAGCUCUGGGCCGAGCUUCAAUAUCAAAGUGCUCUGAUUGCCAUGGGACUGGCGACGGCAACACCCACUCCAACUGGUGCAAUCGAAAAAUACUACGAACAGGCCAAAUACAACUAUUACGCUGGGCUUGGUGUCGCACAUGACCGCUAUAACAACUUCAUAUCUGCCGCUUCGUCAGCAUGGUCCUCAGCCACAGCCACGCCAACCCCGACACCCAUGGCUCUUACUGACUCUGCACUUUCAAUGGCCUCUGCUGCGGGCAAGGCUGCUGAAUCUGCCUACUCCAAGGCCACUGAGAAUGUUGCUUCUGCGGUUGAUGCUGUGGACGAAACCAUAAACUCUGUACACGAUGCUGCAGCUGAACAGAUCUUCAACGCCGGACUAGCCAUUGGAGAGACGUGGGGAACAAUCGUUAGCCAGCUGAGCAUUGACGUGUACGGUCAACCAACACCAGCGGCGAUUGGAUGGUACGAUAGUCUGGUAUCAGACGCGCAGGCCGUGGUAGCAAGCGCUACAUCGGCCGUUGCCAAGGCUACUCAGACUGCGUCGGCUGGUGCUGCAAACGAAUAUGAAGCUGUGAGCGAGCUUGUUUCGGAGUUGAUUGUUGGCCGAGAGCCGCCCUUUACGGAGAGUGUACUAUCAAGGCUUCAAGCCGCGUAUGCCACGGCGUCUGAGAACGUGGCAAGCUUGGCGAGCGAAGCCAGCGCGGCUGCUGGAUCAGUAGGCGAGAAGGUGGGAAGCAUUGCGAGCAAGGCAACCGACGCGGCGAAG